CUGAAUUCACUGAAGGCAGUUAGCUGAGCUUAUCGAGGUAUUGACAGAACUGAAGCAGAUAUGAAGUCAGUAAUUGUAGGAGUGCUCCUUAUCGCUGCAGUGGCUUUUGCCAACAACAAUGACCAACAAUGCCAUACACCUGAGCAAUUCUCUGGAAAUUAUGCUGUGUUCAUGUACGACACUAGUAGCGGUUCGAUCGAUUCUACUCGUGGAAGAGUGACAUACGAUGGAGCUAACAAACGCAUUCGRCUGGAGGGACAACACAACAAUAUGAGAUACACAGUGAUUCAACUUUUCAACCAGGAGAAAGAGUAUUUCAUAACAGGUGACGGCAGCUGCAUUUGGUCGAAACCUCAAAUGUUUKCCAAAUACGAAAUACCAUCCGAUGCAAAGGGGGUAACAGGAGGUUUCAUUGGUCUCACUUCACACAAUCAGGUUUACGUAAACAGAUACGCUGGCGAAAAAUACGGAGCGAAGUACAUCGUUACCGCRGCAUAUAAACGACCACAGUGUAUGCCAGUAAGUGGAGUUGCCYUCGCAAAGACCAAAAUCGUCUACUUCAGUUUGACUGAGGUGGACUUGCAUGUUGAUGAAAACAUGUUUAACCCCCCCGCACACUGUCAGCAUGAAGGAGGACGUCGACGAAGAGKRGCUGGUAAUAUCCUGGACAGCCUAAAAUUUAUGMUUUUUUAGACAACUCACGUGACCUGAUAUCAAGGAUUGAUAAACAAUGGUUUAAGAAAGUCUUGCAGAUUAGUUAAAUAAAUAAACUAAGAAAAGAGCAUUGAAUU